AUGAAGCUUCUUGUAGCGGCCACCCUCAUUUCCUUGGCUGCGGCCUUUUCGCCCAGUGCCAACAUUCGUAAUGGCCAGACUUCCCUUGCCAUGAUCCCCAAGGAAAAAGCCACUGGAGCCUACUUUCCUUUUGAAAGCAAGACCGAGUUGAACGCCAACAAAGAAGCUGAUGAUGGCAGUGGUGGUGUUCGUCAGUUGUUGGGAGUCCGAGGUGCUGCCCAAGAAACCAAUAUCUGGAAGAUUCGUUUGCAAUUGACGAAGCCUGUUACGUGGAUUCCAUUGGUUUGGGGUGUCAUGUGCGGUGCUGCCUGUUCUGGAAAUUACCAUUGGAUCUGGAACCCUUUUGAUGAGAAUGAUCGCAACGUCAUGUUGGGUUUGGAGGAUGCUGCCAAGGGAUUGACUGCCAUGAUUCUUGCUGGACCCUUCUUGACUGGUUACACCCAAACCAUCAAUGAUUGGUAUGAUAGAGAAAUUGAUGCCAUUAACGAACCCAACCGGCCCAUCCCAUCUGGAGCCAUCUCGGAAGGAGACGUCAUUGCCCAAAUCUGGGUUCUUCUUAUUGGUGGAUUGGCUCUUUCAUACGGUCUUGAUGUCUGGUGUGAACACGAGUUCCCAAUCAACCUUGCUUUGGCUAUUUUCGGAUCCUUCAUCUCGUACAUUUACUCUGCCCCUCCAUUGAAGCUGAAGCAAAAUGGUUGGGCCGGAAAUUACGCCUUGGGUGCUUCUUACAUUUCUUUGCCAUGGUGGUGUGGACAAGCCGUCUUUGGAGAAUUAAAUAGACCAGUCUUCUGGAUUCUUCCCAUUCUAUACUCCAUUGCCGGUCUGGGAAUUGCCAUAGUGAAUGACUUCAAGUCUAUCGAGGGAGACCGCGAGAUGGGACUCGAAUCUCUUCCCGUUGCCUUUGGUGUUGACGGCGCUAAGUACAUUUGCGCUGGUUCGUUGACCAUUACGCAAUUGGGCAUUGCCGCCUACCUUGCCACCAUUGGCGAAACUCCAUACGCCAUUGGUCUCCUCGCCUUAGUCAUUCCACAAGUGUACUUCCAAGCUACCUUGUUGCUUCCCGAUCCUAUUGAGAAUGAUGUCAAGUACCAAGCAUCGUCGCAACCCUUUUUCAUUUUUGGAUUGCUCGCUACAUGCAUCUGCCUUGGACACCACGACUUCGUCGCUUAA